AUGAUUAUAGCACGCGAAACUUACUGCACUAAUAGCUUGAAUAUAACUAGCGAGAAAUUAAAAAAAAAAACUUACAACCUGCUAUGGAAUAUUGUGAAAGAGGGAGGUCAUCGUGGACUGGCGGAGUGUCAAAAGUUAUUUAAGGCCGAGAUUUGGAAUUGUUCAUUACACGACCAGCAUGUGUUUCAAAAGUUACCUAUCUUUUUUAAAAGAAGUUUGCCACAUGCAACUCGAGAAACAGCUUUCCUUCACGCCAUCAGCGUAGCCGCUAUAACUCACGAACUAACUGUGCAGUGCAGACAGAACAGGAUACCCGGAUGUAGGUGCGGUAAGACAAGAGAACAACAAAAAGGAAAGAGCGACUGGCAGUGGGGAGGAUGCAGUGAUGACAUCAAGUUCGGAGAGAAGGAGACGAAACGGUUUAUCGACAAACUGGAGAAAGGAAACGACGCUCGUACUGCGUUCAACCUGCACAAUAAUCAUGUAGGAAGAAAGGUUGUCCGCGCAAAGUUCAGAAAAGUAUGUAGAUGCCAUGGCGUUACCGGAAGCUGUAACAUGAAAACGUGUUGGAAAGAGCUUGCCCCUUUUAACGUGGUGGGACAGGAACUAAAAAGAAUCUACCACUCAGCUGUUCGAGUGACAUUCGUGAAUAGCAAGCUUCACAAGCGCCACAACGACCGAGACAGACUAGUGACCAAGAAAGAGAAGAAACUGGUUUAUCUGGACUCGUCCCCAAACUAUUGUGCACGAAACACGACCGCGGGCUCCCCUGGAAUGCGAGGAAGGACAUGGGAGAGUGACAUUGUAUCCGUGGAAAAAAGCAGAUCUUUGUGUAACUCUUGUAAUCUGCGCAAUCGUACGGUAGAACAUCAGAAGCAGGUCAAAUGUAAAUGUAAGUUCGUGUGGUGCUGUACUGUUAAAUGUGAUUUAUGCACCGUGAAAUAUUCACACACAGCUUGUGUGUGA